CUGUCCCUGACCAGUGAAAUGGCGCAGAGAGGAAUUCAGCCGGACUUGGCAAAAUUCUGCUGUUCGAUCUGUGUGGAUUUACUCAAGGAUCCGGUGACUAUUCCCUGUGGACACAGCUACUGUAUGAGCUGUAUUAAAAGCUGUGGGGAUGAAGAGGAGCAGAGGGAAAUCCAGAGCUGCCCCCAGUGCAAACAAACCUUCACACCGAGACCUGUCCUGGUGAAAAACACCAUGUUAGCAGAAAUAGUGGAGGAAGUGAAGAAGAUGAGACUCCAAGCUGCUCCUCCUGAUCUCUGCUAUGCUGGACCUGGAGAUGUGGCCUGUGAUGUCUGCACUGGGAGAAAGCUGAAAGCCCUCAAGUCCUGUCUGGUGUGUCUGGCCUUUUACUGUGAGCAGCACCUCCAACCUCACUACGAUGCAGCUCCAUUAAAGAGACACAAGCUGGUGGAAGCCACCGUGAAGCUUCAGGAGAACAUCUGCUCUCGUCACGAUGAGGUGAUGAAGAUCUUCUGCCGCACUGAUCAGCAGUGCAUCUGUUAUCUCUGCUCCAUGGAUGAACAUAAAGGCCAUGACACAGUCUCAGCUGCAGCAGAAAGGACCGGGAGGCAGAAAGAGCUCGGGCUGAGUCGGCAAAAAAUCCAGCAGAGAAUCCAGGACACAGAGAAAGACGUGAAGGUGCUUCAGCAGGAGGUGGAGGCCAUCAGUCGCUCUGCUGAUAAAGCAGUGAAGGACAGUGAGAAGAUCUUCACUGAGCUGAUCCGUUUGAUUGAGAAAAGAAGGUCUGAUGUGAAGCAGCAGAUCAGAUCCCAGCAGGGAGAGGAAGUGAGUCGGGCUGAAGAGGUUCAGGAGAAGCUGAAGCAGGAGAUCGCCGAGCUGAGGAGGAAAGACGCUGAGCUGGAGCAGCUCUCACACACACAGGAUCACAACAAUUUUCUACGCAAUUACCCCUCGCUCUCACGUCUCAGUGAAUCUACACACUCACCCAGCAUCAACAUCCGUCCUCUGAGCUACUUUGAGGAUGCGACUGCAGCUGUGUCAGAGCUGAGAGACAAACUACAGGAGCUUCUUAGUGAGGAAUGGUCCAAGAUCUCACUGACAGGGACUGGAGUGGAUGUUCUACUGUCACAACCAGAGCCCAAGACCAGAGCUGAGUUCUUACAAUAUUCAUGUCAAAUGACACUGGAUCCAAACACAGCACACACACGGCUGUCAUUAUCUGAGGGGAACAGAAAAGUGACACUAAUGAGAAAAGAUCAGUCAUAUCUUCGUCACCCAGACAGAUUCACUGGAAGGCAUCAGGUCCUGAGUAGAGAGAGUCUGACUGGACGUUGUUACUGGGAGGUGGAGUGGAGGGGGGUAUUUUUUUCAAUAGCUGUCACAUACAAGGAUAUUAGCAGAACAGGUCUAUUUGGAUCCAAUGACAAGUCUUGGGCAUUAGAUUGUUACAAUCAGUUCAGACAUAACGGCAUCACAACUCUCACAUCACAUGUGUCCUCCAGAGUAGGAGUGUACCUGGAUCACACAGCAGGUAUCCUGUCCUUCUACAACGUCUCUGAAACCAUGACUCUCCUCCACAAAGUCCAGACCACAUUCGCUCAGCCUCUCCAUGCUGGAUUUAUGGUUCAUUGGCCCUAUGGAGCCUCGGCUGAGUUUUGUCAGCUCAAGUAGACAGGAACUAUUAAAGUAGGAAAAUGUAAGUUUCUGUUUUUAAAAAUUCUUUUUCCCUGAGUCGUUGCAGCUUCAUGUCAUCACUGAGGUGUUUCUGCACUUCCACCUGUCAAUCAAACAGUGUAGGUGGGACUGUAUAACCUCUUCCUCCCUGCAUGUUCCUUGCUGGCCCUCUUUGUCUGUUCCAUCAUGGCGGCUAUCGCUGCUCAUCCUAACCACCCACAUCAUCUUCUGUUUCUUCCUGACAAACAGGAAACAGGAAACGCAGGAGAGGAUUUUUCCCAGCAAAGAGCAGCCAGACGCUGAGAGUUGAGAGGACAUUUAUUCAUAUGAAAACAUCAACUGUUGUCCACACACUUCUAAUAUCUGUUGCAUAAUUGUGUUGUUCCUGUAAUAUUUUCUGCUUUUCUGUUCCUUAAUGGACUCAGCACCAGAGGUUUCCCAUUUAUUAUAGCUGAUUAGUUAAUAUUUUGUAUUUUGUUCUCUUGGCACUUUAUAAAUUGUAAUGUUUAAUUUCCAAUUUAGUAAAUAUUGUUGAUAUUAUAUCCAAGGGGAAGAAAGAAAAUGUUUCAUUAUAGUGGAUUUCAUUGUAUGUACACUCACACAGACAUCAGAACUCGAUCUAUCAAUUUAUUAAAAAUCACAACAAUGACAAUACAUUUUUGGUACUGCAUUUCAAUUUAUUUUUAAUCUAACCAACUACAUUUUCUGUUUUAUUAACAUGAACAAGGCCUUUGAUCUAAAAUGUGGGUCACACUUUAAUUUGACUGUCCAAUCUUAAUUUUUAGUUUCAGUUUCAUCAGUUGACUUUCACAACUAACUGCUGAUUCUUUACUUCCUAUCAGCCUGUCCA